ACGGGUUCUGCACAUCUCUAGGGCAUUUUUAUCCAAAUGGAAGUGAGGCAGAGAAGGAUGUGAUGAUGGUGGUACUGGUGAUGCCCAGCUAUGGUCACUGAGAGAGGAAAUGACCGAAUGUGGGUCACAGGGGUACAUGUCAACAGUCUGUGUUAACUCUGUGUUCUCCGAAGAGGCCAAUGCAGUAGAAACGGAGGUGGAAAUCCUGUCAACAACUCUUUUUCAAUGUUAGGUGCUGUUCAUGCAGUAGGCACUGGCUACCCGGGAAGAUACAGCAAGCACUGGUUAUUCUACCCUGGAGAACCCGAAGCAGGGAGCUUCACAAGGCAGAGAAGUGCACCUGGCGGUCUGUUGCUAUGGCGAUAGGGCAACGGGGCUACAGAAGCGAGAACGUGGCCGGGACUGAUUUUCGUGAUUCACCGUUGCCUUUGCCCUCUUUUGGGCUGCAGUAGUGAUGUCCUUUGAAGCCCACAACAGCCACCCAUUUCUCUGUGUGGAUCUCGUCAAAGGGAAGAAUACGGAGGCAGAAGGCAGUGAUGAAUGGCCAGCGUGUAGCAAAUCCUACUGGCGUUCACCACCACAACCUGUGAUGUGUGUCUUCUUUCUGGUAACCAACAAUGACCCUAGCUGCAGAGUUUCUGAGGCCUCUCGGGAGAAGUGAACAGUGACUGUGUCAGAUACUCCCCUGCCUAAUCCCCAGGCUGGUCUCCAUAAAGAAGAGCCAGCUGCGAAUUUGACAUUGGAGCAGUACCAGAAAUGCUCGGGGAAAGACAGAAAAACAAGAAGAAUGAAGAUCAAAUUGUACCUACCGUACCCAGACUUCAAGUGCUAAAGACACUUAGCUAAAGACUAAGCUAGCUUAUUUUCAUUGGACUCCCAUGGCCCAACGGUCCUCUUCCAUCUUCUUGCAAGAUGAAAGGAACCAUAUAAAUGAGCCACUGGAUGGUCUAGUCAACGAAUCCGAUUUCCUAGACUAUGUAGCUGUUUUGGAAAACUGCACCGAUGAGCAGCAAAUCUUAUUCAAGACGCAGUACCUCCCUGCGAUCUACAGCAUCAUCUUCCUUGUGGGCUUCCCAGGGAACACGGUUGCCAUUUCCAUCUAUGUUUUCAAGAUGCGACCCUGGAAGAGCAGUACCGUCAUCAUGCUGAACUUGGCCUUGACCGACCUGCUGUACAUGAUGAACCUUCCUUUCCUCAUCCAUUACUACGCGAGCGGUGAACACUGGAUCUUUGGGGACUUCAUGUGCAAGUUCAUCCGUUUCAGCUUCCACUUUAACCUCUACAACAGCAUCCUCUUCCUCACCUGCUUCAGCAUCUUCCGCUACAUUGUUAUCAUUCACCCAAUGAGCUGUUUUUCUAUUCAGAAAACGCGGUGGGCGGUGGUAGCUUGCGCAGGGGUGUGGGUCAUCUCUUUGGUUGCCGUCAUGCCUAUCACUUUCCUGAUCACAUCAACCACCAGGACCAACAGGUCUGCCUGCCUUGACCUCACCAGUUCAGAUGACCUCACUACUAUCAAAUGGUACAAUCUCAUUUUGACGGCCACCACUUUCUGCUUGCCCUUGGUGAUAGUGACACUUUGCUACACAACAAUUAUCAGCACCCUGACUCAUGGGCUUCAGACCCACAGCUGCUUUAAGCAGAAGGCCCGGAGAUUGACCAUCCUGCUGCUUCUAGUGUUCUAUAUAUGCUUUUUACCCUUCCAUAUCCUGAGGGUCAUUCGGAUUGAAUCUCGCCUGCUUUCCAUCAGCUGCUCCAUCGAGAGUCACAUUCAUGAAGCUUACAUUGUUUCUAGACCAUUAGCGGCCCUCAACACCUUUGGAAACCUGCUGCUGUACGCCAUGGUCAGCAAUAACUUCCAGCAGGCAUUCUGCUCCAUAGUGAGUUGCAGAGCCAGUGGGGACCUUGAACAAGAAAAGAAAGACAGUUGCUCAAACAACCCUUGAGUCAUGUCAAUUAGUGGAGGCUAGGGAGUUGUCUCAGCGGGUACAGGUACAACUCUUGACAUGCAAGUGCCGGGAUCUGAAAUAGAAUCCCCAUAAUCUACUUAAGCUGGCAGUGGUAGCAAGCACCUGAAAUCCCAGGACUCCGGUGGUGAGAUGGAAAUGGGGCAGGAGAAUUCCUGGAGGCUCAAGGGCCAGCUAAUCAACUGCACACUGGGACUAACCUCAAAGAGACCUUGUUUCCAACAAGAUAGAAGGCAGGGUUGAUGGUUACACAUGUGCACUGUGUCAUGUAUUUACCCACCCCCACACACACAAAUGGGAACAUAUCAAUCACACAUACACACACACUCAUCAAAUAUUGAUCAGUCAAUCAAUAAAUCAGUCAAUCAGUGCCUCCUGAUAAUUAGUCUAUAUCUUCUAAGAGGUCUCCCCUCAGUGGAACGCCUAGUAACUCCAGUAUAUUCAGGUCAGUAUGAGCCAAAGCCAUGGCCAGGACUCUUAGGGGAUCUUUGCAAUUUUUUUUUAGUUAUUUGGGUACAAAAUGAGAUACAUGAGUGUCGAUAAAGAUUUUAUGGGAUUAGAAACUAUGAAACUUGGAGAACCUCUGUUGCAACCACUUAGUGGUUCCACGUGGAAACUGGUAUUUGUUCAACAGCCCUGUACUUCCCAGAGCUUUGGUGUGAGGGUGGAACACCAAACUCAGUGGAAGUCAAGGGUCUCCUUUCACACCCUGAUGCCUGUCUUUUGUACUUUGGGGCUGGUGUGUACUGAAAUCCUAGAUUAUACAAAGCAUUGCUUGUGUCUUCCUCAAUACUUCCCAUCUUAGGUAUUUAUGACUUCCUUUCCUUUAAGUUUUCCUUGAGAUUAUUGCUCUGAGUGCUGCCUUUCAGUUCUAGUUAGGUUUUUAGAUGGAAGGGAGACAUGAGGACACAGUUGAAACAGGCCCUGGGACCC